AAAAAAAAAAGUAAACCAAACCUUACAUCGCUUUGCGGGAGAGCCCAACCUUGGUUCCUUUUACACAUUCUUUCUCACAAUUCAAUUCAACUCCAUACAGGUUGCACUUUGCAUUGUAAGCAUGGCAACUGACAAGAUGGACGUUGAGACUGCCGAGAAGCAGCUCAAGGACAUGGCUCACUCCGAGCAGCAUUAUUUCAACAGCUACAAUCACCAUGGAAUCCAUGAGGAGAUGUUGAAAGAUGAAGUCCGCACGAAGUCCUACAUGAAUGCCAUUGUACAGAAUAAGCAUCUCUUCAAGGAUAAGGUUGUUUUGGACGUCGGUUGCGGAACUGCUAUUCUCUCUAUGUUUGCUGUCAAAGCAGGAGCAAAGCAUGUCAUUGGUGUCGAUAUGUCCACCAUCAUCUUCAAGGCCAAGGAGAUCGUUAAGGUUAACGGUAUGGAGGACAAGAUUACACUUAUCCAAGGCAAGAUGGAGGAGAUCGAGCUACCGUUCCCUAAGGUCGACAUCAUCAUCUCCGAGUGGAUGGGUUACUUCCUCCUCUACGAGAGCAUGCUUGACACGGUUCUAUAUGCCCGUGACAAGUUCCUCGCUAAGGAUGGACUGAUCUUCCCUGACAAGGCUACCAUCUUUGUCUGUGGUAUUGAGGAUGGUGAAUACAAAGACGAGAAAAUAGGAUUUUGGGAUAACGUCUACGGUUUUGACUAUACUCCUCUGAAAGAGACAGCUCUAGCCGAGCCCCUCGUUGACACUGUCGAAGUCAAGGCAGCAGUCACAGACCCUACUUCGGUCUUGACACUUGACUUAUACAAAUGUACAACCGCAGACCUCGCGUUUUCCAUCCCUUUCAAGUUAAGCGCCCGACGCGAUGACUUUGUUCACGCACUUGUGGCAUGGUUCGACAUCGACUUCACAGCUUGCCACAAGCCCAUUCGAUUCUCGACUGGCCCUCACACCAAGUAUACCCACUGGAAGCAGACCGUCUUCUACUUGAACCAAGUUCUCACCGUUCAACAAGGAGAAGAGAUUACUUGCAACUUGGAUGUGAAGCCCAACGAUAAGAACCGCCGAGAUCUUGAUAUUAAGAUCAACUAUCUAUUAGAUACCCAAGAUGGUACUAGAUACGCAGAGGGCAGCUGUGAUUACAAGAUGUGCUAAACGAGAAAUAUACUCGUGUAUCGCACUGUCUUCUGCGAUCUGGGCCAGGUCACGCCGGUCCAGCGGAUAGAGCCCAUCUUGUAGGCAGCAAGCUGCAAAGCAAUAAUUACUUGGUCUUGCAUUAUUGCAUGGCGACUGGGACUACGAAAGGCGU